AUGAAAAAAGGGGAAGACUUCAAGCAUGCAUUGAUCUCAUCUGCCGGUGUUGAUCGUGGAAUCACGGGCAAUGUUUGUCGAAAGUCACCUGGCAAUAAUACCAAAGCACCACCAAAAAGCUGUUCAUUUCCACGACUUCUCUUAAUUCCUAAUGGCGAAAGUUUAGGAUACUGGUUUGGGGAUAACUAUCAAGAACCACAAACCUCAACAAUCAAUACCAGAAACGGAAGUAUAAAUUUACAUCGCGUUACUGCUUCAGAAAAUAUAGUAAACUUUCAAUCAAUAAAUAAACAUCCAUGGGGAAUAUUUUUCACAGUAUUGGGAACUGUACUUCUUGACUUCGAUGCGGAUGCAUGCCAAAGCCCAGCUCGAGCCUAUUUACUUGAUAUAUGCCUUCCAGAGGAUCAUGUCAGAGGUCUUUCUACUUUUACCAUAAUGGCAGGCUUGGGUGGCUUCAUGGGUUAUUCCAUGGGAGCUAUCGACUGGGAUAAAACAAAUAUUGGAAAAAAGCUUGGCGGACAUGUGAAAACGGUUUUUACAAUGGUCACCUUCAUUUUUACCUUUUGUGUAACAUUGACAAUUACAAGCUUCAGGGAAAUUCCAUUAUGGGUGCUUGCCGAAUCUAAAUAUGGUAAGGUUAAAGGAGUAGACUCAGACGACAUAAAUAUGGGAACAUAUGAUGCCAAUAAUCAAAUUACUCAUGCCAGUGAGGUGGUUCAAAGCUGUUGUCUACUUCCCAAAAUGACCGCACUAUGUCAUGAGUGCAUCGAUGAUCUAUUUCCCAAUCAAGUGAAUUUGUUGCUGUAG